AUGUGGCACGUCGCCGCGCUCCUACUCGGCCUGCUGAGCUCUACCCGCGCCGUCUCAGCACAGGCCUAUUACUCAGGUGGGUACCAAAUUUUAAUUUAUGACUCGAUUUAAAUUUUUGGGUCUGCUUUAAAUUUUUCAUACUUUUUUGGCUUUUGAACGAUUGUAAACGAAGUGAGACUGUUAAGCUCUUUGUCCUUUGGGAAUUUGAUUAAAAUUUUAGUGACUUUUGAAGGUUGUUGUGCAUCACGCAGUAAAUCAAUCAAAACGUCAUCAAUAAACAGCGUUUUUGUUUUUUUAAUUUAAAAAUAAAAAACCUACUUUUAUUUUUUUUUGUAUUUUAGAAAAAAAGUCAUGUUAUUUUUCAAUUAAAAGUACAUUUAAAGUUCAGAACUACUAAUUCUGUUACUUAAAACUUAAAAUAAAAACUUUUGAGUCAUCAAGAGGCAGUAAAAGCUAUUAGAACCUCAAAUUUAAAACAAAUUUGAAAAUUUUUAAACUUGUUUUUUAAUAAGAAUAUUUUCUAGAGGGUGGUCCCAGCCCGCAACAAGAAGCUCAAAACUCGUUAGAACGCAUCGUUGGUCAACUUCAGGCGCUACGAGAAGCCGAACAAGUUGCACAGUCGUAUGAUCAACAAAUCCCGGUCGGAUUGUCUGAGGAAGGUAAGAUUUAAAGUUUCACAAUUUUUUUAAAAUAUUUUUUAGCAAAUUUAACGCAUAAUUUAAAAACUUUUUCAUAAUUUUUCAAAAAUUAUGUGAAUUUUUGCUCAAAAAUUGACGUUUAAUUUAUGGAAAACGACGUGUAAACUUGUAAUUAACACUUUUUUAUCAUCAAGUAUUAUUAAACUAAAAGUUUGUCAUCAAAUUUCGAUACACCACAGUUUGGGGUUUUAACAUUCUUCGAGUAACAUAAAACCUCUUAUCAGUCUGCGUCAUUACCUGCUCUUUAUUGACGUUUUUUGUCCAAUUCGUCGAAAUAUAAAUAUUUUAUGAACCUCGGAGAAUGUGCAAACAGUAAUGUUUUCGUUUGCACAGAUGGAAGCGGAUUGAAUUUAUGUAAAACAUUAAGACAAGGUUAAGAAAAGUUUUAAGAAAACACAAAGAAAUCAAAUUUCAGUUUUUUUCUAACUAUAAAAGUUACUAGAACUUGGUUCUUCACUGAACUUUUUAAAAUUACCAAAUACAAACGUUUCAGCCGAGUACCAAGACAACGCUGAACCUCUGCGCCGUCUUUCUCAAUACUUGAACCCUCAACAAUACGAUGAACCCCUCGAUUAUCAACAACUCCAAAACCUCGUCCAAGAAUCGCAGCCCGUUCAAGAGCCGGUCGAAGAAGUCGAACCUCAAAAGGAACAACAAGUAGACCAACAACAAGUAGAACAACAACAAGUAGAACAACAACAAGAUAAACAACUAGAGAAACAAUUGGAACAGCUACCAGAUCAACAAGUACCAGAAGCGGAACAAGGUGAACAAGUAGCCGACCAAGAAGUCCCCGAAGUACCAUCUGCACCAUUGACGGCCCAAAAGAAGGGCCAAUAUGAGUUUGUGGAGUUUGUCGAACCUCACGCCAAAAUUCUGAAGAACCAGCAAGUACUGGACAAAAGAGCACCAGCUAUGGAGCUCCAACGGCCCGGUGGACUGUUUGGUAUCUUUGGCAACUCUAGCAACGUUGUCUUUAUCGGUAAGUUACUUUUAAAUUUUUUUUUGCACAAAUAUAAAACAGGAACUUUUGUUUGACGUAAGCGAUUUUUAGAAAUAUUCGUUUUCCAUUUUAUAUAUAAUGCUAAUAUAUAACACCACAGUACUAUAAUUUGCGUUCCCACCCAGUAAUCAUAAGGGUAAAGAGCAUCGCGAGCAAUCUCUCACAUGAAUAAAGUUUUUUGCGGCCGAAAAUAGAAUUUGCGUUGAGUGGAGAUUAGAUUAGGCCUAAAAAGUUUAAUCAACCACAAUGUUUUUGAAUGAUGUGUGGAGUUUAAAAAGACUGAAUUUAAAAUUUUAAAAACAUUUUAGGAACUUCAUAGGGUUACUUUACGCUGAUGUGUUAACUUUUAAAAUUUAAGACAUGUUUUACAAAAGCCGUUCUUACGUAAUGCCAAUCUUGUUAUUGCGGCUCUAUUACAUUACUUAUUUUGUACGCUCAAAAACCACAUAUGCAUGGCCAAGCCAUAAUUGAAACGAAUGGCGUGCGAAGCGGCCGUAAACAGCAUCGGGUUUCCGGGACUUCGUUCCUAAUGACUAUGUGUAUCACUGUAAAUUAAUUUUGAAAACAUGACUUGUUUAUAUUGGACGUGUGAGUGAUGGUAGAAAAUAUUAUUGUUUAGCGGAACAGAAUCUUUGGGUUCUUGUUUUUAAUAAGGCUUUUGUAAUUAUGUUGGCCUAGUUUAAGACAUUAGGCUCAGAUUUAAGCUUAUAUGACUUUUAAAGCUAAGCCUAUUUUAGGCGCUUAUGGUUUUUUUCAGAUUCGGCUUGCUUUAGGUUUUUAUGGUUCUUAAGCAUAAGAUUACUUUAGGCUUAUAUCAGUAUUAAGAAGGAUAAAUUUAUAAUUUUUUGGAUGCUACGAUUUAGAUUAAUUAAGCCUACAAUUUUUUUUAACACUUUAUCUACCAGAUUAAAUGUCUACAAUAUUAACAUUAAUUUACAUAACGCCCACACACAAGCUAAUUUACAACUAUCUCAAGCACAAUAUUGACAAAGUAAAUUAUUAUACUUUUUUGCUAAUACAUCUCUACUAAUUAGCUUAACUUCACUAAUAAUUGGCUUGGUUUGUAGAAUCUUGUGGUAAUUAACUUCAUUGUCACCAAAACUGCCAUUUCUUUGAAUAGCAUAGUAAUUGCGUUCGCUUUGAAAUUCUUAAGGCCAUUCGGGGAACAGUGAAAAUUAUUCAAAAGCUGGGAAAGUGAAAGUAACAUUUACGUGUAUUCGUUUUAUAUGAGACAUUACAUGUAAAUCAUGGUGUUUACGUUUUGUUAUACCCAUUACCGAACAUUGAAAACAAGUUGGUUUAAACAUUAUAUUAAAAGUUCAAAUUUAAUAAAUGAGCUUUACAAUUCUUACAAAUCUUAAGUAAAUUUAAAAUACUGUAAGUAGCAAAUAAGCCCAAAAAGCACUAAAGUCUAACGGCGUCUAAAAACUAAAUCUGUGUUCUGUUGAUCUAACAAAAUUUAUUUUUUUUUGUAAUUUUUGCGCCUUUUCUUCGAAGAAUUAUAUUGUUUACUUGUUACAAUUUGUAAUACGACAGUUUUUUUGCAAGUUACAGAAAAUCUUCUUAACUUUUUGCAAAAAUUUAGUGUAAAAACAAUAAACAAGUCCUCUAAUACUGUAUACAAUACUAAAAUUAUUGGCAAGAUUUUCAAAAACAAGUCAAACACGUAUUAAUCCUUACUUUAUGAAAAUUUUAAUGCAUCAAGUAACAUAAAACAAUAUCAUUUCCGAAUAUCACAGUCAAUAAAACAAUUUUUGAUAUAUGUUUAAUACCAUAAUGUAAUUUACUGUGGUAUUUGAUGUUGCGUCGCAAAAUAACGUUAUGUUUGAUGACCGUAUUGACCAAUAUUCUCCUCUAUAUUAACAAUAUUGACAAAACCAAUAACAAGAUUAUUGUUUAUGAUGAAACAAAUUUGAUUUUACAUAAUGUUUGAACAACAAACUCAAUAUGAAAUUUCCUAAUUUUUCACGUUUCAGCGGUCGUCACAAUGUGCUGUGUAGCCAGCGUGGUCGGUGUUGUUGGUGGUGCGUACUACUUCAACACGUAAGUUCAUAUUUUGGUACUCAUGCGUUAACGAAUUUGUUUGAAUUUUUAAAAAAAUGUGCAACGAACUUUUUUUAAUAACUCUUCAAUUAAUUUAAAAUCUUUUUCAGUGUCCGAAAGCAACGUGAAGAAGCCUUUGACGACUUCACCCGCUACUCGCCAGCCGGUCCAGGCCGUGACAUGCUUCGCAAGGGCAAAGGCUUUGCCGGCUCUCCAGUUGCCGAAUCCGGAGACGAAUCUUUGGCAUACAAAGCUCAACUUCAUCACUAUCAACAGACCAAACAGAAGAUUAUCGGCGAUGAAGGAUUGAAUGACGAUCAUUCCGACAAGAGUGACGAUGAGAACGAAGACCUUGAAGAGCACAACUUCAGUGUGUAUGAAUGUCCCGGUCUUGCACCGACUGGCGAUAUUGAAGUUCAGAAUCCAAACUUUAGCCAAAAUCCUUGA